AUGGCGAGCAAUGUGAAAUAUCUCAACCCUGACACCAUCCAUACCGUCCAGUCUUACUCCCAUGCCGCGGUGACAAGAUCCAAUACUGUGCUGGUUGAAACUGCUGGACAAGUUGGCAUCACGCCGGAGGGAAAACUUUUGGAAACUUACGAGCUGCAAGUCGCGCAGGCAUUUAAGAACCUCAAGAACGCCCUGGCAGCCGCUGGCGCCACACCCGCUGAUAUUGUGAAAAUCCGAUUCUACAUCAAGGACUAUAAUCCGAGCAAACUUGCAGCCCUCGGCCAUAGUCUCCGCGACUUGGUAGAUGGUCAGAAUGCACCUCCUUCGCUCCUGCUUUCCACACCAUCACUUUCGGACCCCAAGUAUCUCUUCGAAAUUGACGCGACUGCGGCUGUCUCCUAUAACCAAGCGCGGAUGGGUAACGAUAAGACCAUCAAUACCGACGUGGUUGUAGUGGGAGCUGGACUCAGUGGCUUACAAGCUGCUGUUGACCUCCAAAGAGCGGGAGUCAAGUGCAUCGUUUUCGAGACGUUGGACCGAAUCGGAGGGAGGACGUACUCAGUGCAAGCAUCGGACCUUAACAAUGGCAUGGUUGACCUCGGUGCUGCAUGGAUCAACGAUACGACCCAGGACAAAAUCUGGGCCUUGGCUCAAAAGUACGGCAUGGGGACUGUGCAACAGAGAGCUGAAGGCUGGGACUUGGCUGAAGGCGAAGAUGGGACCAUCAGCAAACAGGAAUACGGCUCGCGUGCGUUUGCUCCGGAGGUGUGGGAAAAGCACGUCGAGCCAUAUUUGCAGGACUUGGACGACAAAUCCAAGGGCAUUAACCUCGAACUACCGGCGGCUUCGGCUCGAGCGCAAGAAUUCGACGCCAUCUCAGUUGCUGACUACGUGCGCGAGCACCACAACCAUCAUGCUGUCUUGAAUCUGUCAGCCUCACUGCUGAGGUCGAUGCUGGGCGUGGAGCCAGCAGAAUGCAGCUUCUUCUUCUACCUCACCUAUAUCGCAACCAAUUAUGGCAUAUGGAAUAUGAUUUCUGACAGAAAAGGCGGGGGGCAGUACUUGAGAGUUAGGGGUGGUACCCAGCAAUUCUCUCACCAUCUCGCUUCCGAGCUACAAAAUGGUACGAUCAAGCUGUGCCACCCAGUGAAGCGGAUUUCACAGCUCGGCGAUGGCCAAGUCAGAGUCGAAGCUGGACUCAGAACCGUUGUGUUGUGCAAAAGGGUCAUUGUUUCAGUGCCAACCCCCGUCUACUCGACGAUCCAGUUCUGUCCCCCGCUACCUACUCCUAAGGCGCUUCUGGGCCAGUCCACUAUCUUGGGGACAUACUCCAAAUUUGUGCUCGUAUUCAAGGAGCCUUGGUGGUACGAGGGCUCAACGCCAUGGUCUGGUUGCUUGAGUUCGGCCAAAGGACCGAUCGUGUUCACCAGAGACACAUCGUUUCCCGAGGACAAUCUUUGGGUCAUUACGACAUUUUGCGUCGGAGGUCCCGGGCGGACAUGGUCUUUCCUGCCCGAAGCAGCUCGUCGGAGGACUGUGUUAGACCAAUUCCGUAAGAUUCUCUCGACCGGAUUCAAGGACAUACCUGACCCCAUUGCGAUGCACGAAAUGGAGUGGGGGAAAGUUGAAUCCUGUCCAGGAGCACCCUGUCCGGUGACAUCCACGCAUGUUCUUGCAGCGAGCGCUGGAAGGUCGAUGACGGCCCCGUUCCAAAAUGUCCACUUUGUAGGGACUGAAACGGCUUCAAGAUCCAAAGGCUUCAUGGACGGUGCACUUCGGAGUGGGUCGAGGGGCGCCGAGGAAGUCAUUCGGAGCCUGACGUCGGCAACCGCAGCUUCUCGUUUAUGA